AUGAUUGCAUAUGUAAGGGGCUCUGGCUCAAUAGACCUCUUCUGGUCCUAUGUUUCUUGCUGUCUUGAUGACUGCCUGCAACAAUAUAUUAAGAACUUUGAGAGGGAGAAGAUUAGCGGGGACCAGUUGCUACGUAUUACUCACCAAGAAUUGGAAGAUCUGGGAGUCACCCGAAUUGGCCAUCAGGAACUUAUUCUGGAAGCAGUUGACUUGCUCUGUGCAUUGAAUUAUGGUUUGGAAACAGAAAAUCUAAAAACUCUUUCUCACAAGCUAAACGCAUCUGCCAAGAAUCUGCAAAACUUCAUAACUGGAAGGAGGAGGAGUGGUCACUAUGAUGGCAGAAGCAGUAGAAAAUUACCAAAUGAUUUCCUGACAUCGGUGGUGGAUCUGAUAGGAGCGGCUAAAAGUCUGCUGGCUUGGCUGGACAGAUCACCUUUUGCUGCUGUGACAGACUAUUCAGUAACAAGAAAUAAUGUCAUACAGCUCUGUCUGGAAUUAACCACAAUUGUUCAACAGGAUUGCACAGUAUAUGAAACGGAGAAUAAAAUUCUUCAUGUGUGUAAAACACUUUCUGGAGUCUGUGACCACAUUAUCUCACUCUCCUCUGAUCCUCUGGUUUCCCAGUCUGCGCACCUUGAAGUGAUCCAGCUGACCAACAUCAAACCAAGUGAAGGGCUGGGUAUGUACAUUAAAUCAACAUAUGAUGGUCUCCAUGUAAUUACUGGAACAACAGAAAAUUCACCUGCAGAUCGGUGCAAGAAAAUCCAUGCUGGAGAUGAAGUGAUUCAAGUUAACCACCAAACUGUGGUGGGGUGGCAGUUGAAAAAUUUGGUGAAUGCACUACGAGAGGACCCGAGUGGUGUUAUCUUAACUUUGAAAAAGCGACCUCAGAGCAUGCUUACCUCAGCACCAGCUUUACUGAAAAAUAUGAGAUGGAAGCCCCUUGCUCUGCAGCCGCUUAUUCCUCGAAGCCCGACAAGCAGUGUUGCUACACCCUCCAGCACAAUCAGUACACCCACCAAAAGAGAUAGCUCUGCUCUCCAAGAACUCUACAUACCUCCUCCUCCAGUAGAGCCUUACAUUCCCAGCCAUGCCACAUUGAGGUCUGACGAUAUUCCCAAACAGAAAACACCAUGGUUGUCAUCACACAUGUGGCAUGAGGGAGAGGCUGCAGGUCUAGUACCUUCUGUGGAACAAUUACUUAAAAGGGAUGAAAAGGGAAAUCUUCCAUGUGAUGAUGUUGGCAGACACAUAGUGGGCAAGCCAGUUCAUACAGGAUCGGAAUCUCCUAAUUCAUUUCUUGACCAGGAAUAUCGGAAGCGUUUUAAUGUGGUUGAAGAAGACGCAGUCUUAUACUGCUAUGAAUAUGAGAAAGGAAGAACAAGUGGUCCUGGGAGGAGAGAGAGCACUCCAACAUAUGGCAAGCUAAGACCUAUUUCUAUGCCAGUGGAAUAUAAUUGGGUAGGGGACUAUGAAGAUCCCAAUAAAAUAAAGAGAGAUAGUAGGAGAGAAAAUUCAUUACUGCGUUACAUGAGCAAUGAGAAAAUAGGUCAAGAAGACUACAUGUUUCAAAGGAAUAGCAAAAAGGAUACAGGGAAAAAGUCCAAAAAGAAGGGGGAUAAAAGUAACAGUCCAAGCCAUUACUCCUUGCUACCUAGUUUGCAAAUGGAUUCAUUAAGACAAGACGUCAUGGGCACGCCUGGGCCAGACACUACACUGUACCAUACAUUUCAGCAAUCUUCUCUACAGCAGAAAACUAAAAAGAAAAACAAAGCUCCCAUACCUGGUAAGAGCAAAAGGCGGAUUUCCUGUAAAGAUCUGGGCCGUGGGGACUGUGAAGGCUGGCUUUGGAAAAAGAAAGAUGCCAAGAGUUAUUUUUCCCAGAAGUGGAAGAAAUAUUGGUUUGUUCUGAAGGAUACUUCUCUAUACUGGUAUAUCAAUGAGGAGGAUGAAAAAGCAGAAGGAUUCAUCAGCCUACCUGAAUUUAAAAUUGACAGAGCCAGUGAAUGCCGCAAGAAAUAUGCAUUCAAAGCCUGCCAUCCUAAGAUCAAAAGUUUUUAUUUUGCUGCUGAACAUCUGGAUGACAUGAACAGAUGGCUAAACAGAAUUAACAUGCUUGCUGCUGGCUAUGCAGAGAGAGAGAGGAUCAAACAGGAACAAGAUUACUGGAGUGAGAGCGACAAGGAAGACGCAGACACUCCAUCAACACCCAAACAAGACAGUCCACCGCCUCCAUAUGACACAUACCCACGACCUCCUUCUAUGAGUUGUGCAAGCCCUUACGUGGAACCAAAACACAGCCGGCUUUCAUCCACGGAAACUUCCCAAUCACAGUCUUCUCAUGAAGAGUUCCGUCAGGAAGCAGUUGGGAGCACCACUGAAUCACCUGUCCGCAAAACAGCCAGCCAGAGACGUUCCUGGCAGGAUUUAAUAGAGACACCACUGACAAGCUCAGGACUGCACUACCUUCAGACUCUGCCCCUUGAGGAUUCAGUGUUCUCUGACUCAGUCGUAAUCUCACCAGAACACAGGCGGCAAUCAACUCUUCCAACUCAAAAGUGCCACCUGCAGGAUCACUACGGUCCAUUUCCUUUAGUAGAGGGUGAGAAAAUGCAAGUGCUAAAUGGAAAUGGGGGAAAACCCCGGAGUUUUACUCUGCCUCGGGAUAGUGGGUUCAACCACUGCUGUCAGAGCCUUUCAGUUAGUGCCUCUGAUCACCAGGAAGAAGUGCAACAGAAAGAGGUAGAUGAGGAGGAGGAGGAGGAGGAAGGGAAAGCAACAGAAGAAAGCCAAGAAGAUAAAACUGAAUCUGUAGAAGAAAAGCCAGCAGACUCACUGCAAGAUUUGUAUAGAGCUUUGGAGCAAGCCAGCCUGUCACCAUUAGGAGAACGUCGGAUUUCCACUAAACUGGAGUUCAAGAAGUCUUUUAUAAAAAGGUGUAGCGAUCCUGUAGUCAAUGAAAAACUGCACCAAUUGCGAAUUCUGAAAAGCACCUUAAAGGCCAGAGAAGGAGAGGUAGCCAUUAUAGAUAAAGUUCUGGAUAAUCCAGAUUUGACAUCUAAAGACUUUCAGGAAUGGAAACAAAUGUACCUUGAUCUGUUCUUGGAUAUCUGUCAAAGCAGUAAUCCACAGGACCCUGUAAAUGGCUCUUCUGAAGUCAAUGCACUCAUAGCCUCUUUAGCACACACUCAUUCAUACAUUGAAACGCAUGUAUAAGGGUGUUCUUUCUUUGUCUAUCUGAUACCUUACACUUUUACUUAUGUGUAUAAAGUAGUUUUUAUAUCAAUAUGUGGGAGGUCUAGUAAAUUAUAUUUUAAUGUUACUCAGCUGUGUGAAGUAAACCCAAUAGGGUCCAUGAUACCAUUGUCUUUAAUGAGAAUUUGUAUAUUUUAUAUGCUACCAAUGCUCAGCUUGUGUUUACCUUGUGCAAAAUAAAGGAAGAUAGUGUUUAAUAAUGAAAAAUUUAUUUAAAAAAAAUACAUUUUGGAAGCUGGUGACCUUCAAGGAGAAAGUUAUACAGGAUCAAGGUUUUGCUACUGAAUGUCAUUUGAUCACUUUUAAAAUGUAAUUUAAUUUUAUACUAUAGAAUUGCAGUAUUGCAUUACAAUUUUGGAGUGCGGGUAUUGCUUUUGGUUGUAGGAAAAAUAACUUUUUUAUAUGCAGUGAAAAACUCUAGGAGUUUUUAUUAA